AUGCAGAGAGCUCUGGGAGGGGCAGAGAACAGCAGACCUCCUACACUAAAUGCUCAGCCACAGCCCAAGGACUCUGUACCAUCACAGAACCCUGCAAAGAAAGACACUCUUCAUAGUAAGCAGAUGCCACCAUCUGCUAGCCAGCCAACCAAACCAACAGAGGGUCAGAAACUGUCAAGCCAGUCCCGCACAAGUGCAAUUCAUCCGUCGCAGCAAAUGUCACAACAGAAACCACUUCCACAGCAGACAACAAAAGGUGCUCCUCCUGCCAAAACUGAGAUACCAUCAAAGACAGAGCCCUCUAAAAAAGAAGAGUCUGGUUUCUUUGGUUUCGGUGGUGCUCGAUCCCGCUCUCCUUCUCCACAGCCUGGUGCCUCUUCUGUUUCUGGAAAGGUUCUAGGCUUUGGUUCUUCAUUCCUAAGCUCAGCAUCCAAUUUGAUUUCAGCUGUCCAGGAUGAGCCCUCCACAACCCCACCAACCAAGGGUUCCACUGUCUCCCAAACCUCUGCCAAGAACACCACACCCCCUUCCUCAAGAAAAGGCUCAGAGGCCUCUAAGGGCUCCCCCAAUGUUCCUAUAUCACAGACACAGGAGGGAAAAAUUCAACAGCAACAAAAUAAACCCCAAUUAACUCAAAAAACAACGACAACAAAGGAAUCCUCACCUGCUCAGGCAACUAAAUUAGAUCAAAGCCCGAAACCUCCUCCCAAAGCCUGUCCACUUUGCAAGGCAAACCUGAGAAGAGAUCCUCCCAACUGUAGUACCUGCACUGAAUGCAAGGCCACUGUGUGUAAUCAGUGUGGAUUUAAUCCUGUGCCUCAUCAAACAGAGGCAAAAGAGUGGCUUUGCUUAAACUGCCAGACACAGAGAGCACUGAAAGGAAUAGAGCCUGUGGAAAAACCCACAAUAACGUCCCAAACACAGCCCAGCAAGUCUCAAAAGAUGACAUCUACACAUCGUCCUUUAGAGAAAUAUCCCACGUCUCAGCCAACAAAGACUAGUCCAGCCAACCAACCUGGUGCAGCAGGAGCAAAGCAAGCUCUCUCCUCUAUGUCUUUACAGCAACUGACAGCAAAAAAUGCCCCCUCUUCUUUGUCUAAAGCAGUACCACAGACUGAUACUGAGCAAGAACAGUCAGGAUUUUUUGGCUUUUCAGGCUUUGGUGGAGCAAGAUCACCAUCCCCUCAGCCCAAUGUUUCAGCCAUGUCUGGUAAGGCUCUAGGAUUUGGGUCGUCCUUUCUGAGCUCAGCAUCUGAUCUUAUUUCAUCAGCGGUUCAAGAUGAACCUUCUACAACACCUUUGGUCUCUCAAACUUUCCUCAAGACAACUACUCCACCAACGUCUGCAACAUUGCAAGGGGCUGCCUUAUCAGCAUCUACAGGAAAGGCUAAUCAAUCAGAUGAUCAGAAAGAAGAGAAAAAGACAGAGCUAACUGCUGACCAAAAGAACAAAGCACCAGUAUCUCAAAUAAAAAAAACAGAAACUUCUUCACAGAUGCCAAAAUCAGACAAAAGCCCUCAAACCUUUCCCAAAUCCUGUCCACUCUGCAAGGUACAAAUCCGAAAGGACCUUGACAACUACAACACUUGUACUGAGUGCAAAAACACUGUUUGCAAUCUCUGUGGAUUCAACCCAACACCGCAUCAAACUAAGUUGAAAGAAUGGCUUUGUCUAAACUGUCAGACUCAAAGAGCUCUAAGAGGAAUGGAGCCACCAGGACUUCCAAAGUUGGAGACCGCAGCGCAGCCCAACAAAAUCCCUACCACUCAACCAUUGGCUUCACCCUCAAUUCAAAAGAAAGGUGUUUCUGAAUUAGAAAAGUUAGGCGAGAUAACCGACCCUCCUCAGAAAUUACAAGAACAACAAGCCAAGACUCCAAAUGGUACUCUGCCAAUCCAAAAAGCCCAGCAGCAAGAAAAUGAAGACAAAUCUGAAGUUCCUGCCAAGACAGCCAAGAAAGAUUCUGGAUUGUUUGGUUUUGGUGGUGCUAGGUCAAGGUCUCCAUCUCCUCAGCCUGCUAUGUCUGCUGUAUCUGGGAAGGUUCUUGGCUUUGGUUCCUCCUUUCUCAACUCAGCAUCUAAUUUAAUAUCCUCAGCUGUGCAAGAUGAGACUUUUACAACACCACCAACCUCCCGCAAAGCUUCCACAGUUUCCCAGACCUCAACACCACCCACAUCUCAGAAGAGCUCUGCUGUUCGACAGACUUUAAAUGCAGGGGAUACUAAUCAACCUACUGCACAAAAACAAGAAAUAAAGAUUUCUGGAUCACCUCAGCUAGCAAGUAAAUCUCCUGUGAAAACAAUAACAGACCAAACAUUGUCUGCAAAAGUUGACAAAACUCCCCUGCCUCUUCCCAAAAUCUGCCCACUUUGCAAGGCAGAUAUUAGCAGUGAUCCUCCUAAUUUCAGCACUUGCACCAAUUGCAAAAACAUUGUGUGCAACCAUUGUGGAUUUAACCCCACACCUUAUCAAAUAGAGGUGAAGGAAUGGCUCUGUUUGAAUUGCCAGAUAAAGAGAGCAUCCGAACCUUCAAGUCUAAAUCCUCAGCAGCAGACUAAUGCUGGUUCACGACAAGACAAAACAGCUCCACAUCAGCCUUCUCCAGGAGCCAGUAGAACUGAGGACCAGUCAAAAACAGCACUUGGAAAACACACUACUAAAUCUACAAUACAACAUCUCCUAAAGGAAAAACCAGCACAGAAAGAAAUUAUAAAAUCUCAAGAGCCAAAAGAAAGUAGUGCACCAGCCAGAUCCGAAACAACAACACAAUCAGAUUCCUCCAAAAAAGAUACAGGUUUAUUUGGCUUUGGUUUUGGUGGUGCUCGAUCUCGAUCACCUUCUCCUCAACCUAUUGUAUCAGAGAAGGUUCUAGGCUUUGGUUCCUCAUUUCUCAGCUCAGCAUCAAAUCUCAUAUCUUCUGUAGUUCAAGAUGAAUCCUCCAUAAUACCGCCAACACCUCGUAAAGGUUCAACAGUUUCCCAGACUUCAGUGAAGUCUACAACGCCACCCACCUCUCAUAAGGGUUCAUCGGUUUCUCAGACAUCUUUCAAAACCACAUCAGCUGUGGCAGCAUCAGCUACAUCCCAUAAGGGAUCCAAAGCAUCCCAAGACUCAACAAAUAUGCAUGCUGAGGGAAAUAACCCUCUUUCUCAAAAACAAUUGGAAGACAAGAAGCCCAUGCAGUCUCAGCCUUUUAAAUCACAAUCUAUACUUCCAUCAAAGCUUCAAGAAGCUAAUAUGUCCUCUCAGUCUCUCCCUAAAGAAUGCCCACUUUGCAAAGUUGAGCUCAAGAAAGAUCCUCCUAACUUCAACACCUGCACUGAAUGCAAGAGUAUUGUGUGUAACCUCUGUGGGUUUCUCAUGCCUCAUCAAAUCAAGGCACAGGAGUGGCUUUGCUUAACCUGUCAAGUGCAGCGAGCAUCAGUCCUAUCCUAUGCAGAGCCUCAAGAUCAAACUAAGAAAGUAGCCCCAGUGCCAAAGAAGAAGGAGCAAGAUGUUCCAGAAACUAGGCAGAAGAAACAAAAUGCAGAGGAAGCUACCAAUACUGGUCAGAAAACAGCUGUAUUUGGGGGAAAGGAGCCAACUGAUGUGAUACCACAACAGGUCAGUCAAAUGAAGACCUCACAGCAGAUGAAAUCGGACAAGCCCCAAGAAAAACAAUCCAAGCCACCCAAGGUUGAGCCUAAUCAAGAGGAGUCUGGAUUUUUUGGUUUUGGCUUUGGCGUGGCUCGAUCUAGGUCUCCUUCUCCUCAGCCUGCUUCGGUUGUGUCUGGCAAAGUUUUGGGCAUUGGUUCCUCCUUCCUUAGCACAGCUUCUAAUCUAAUGUAUUCAGCUGUUCAAGAUGAACCUUCCACAACACCACCAACCUCCUGCAAAGGUUCAUCAGUUUCAGAAACAACACCACCUUCCCACUCCCGUAAAGGGUCUACAGUAUCUCAGUCAUUGUUCAACAACAACACAACAUCACCUAGCUCACAAAAAGGAUUUGAAACCACAAAAGGUUCUCAGAAAGCUCAACCUAGUAAAGAUACUAAACCAUCAACUGAACAGAAACAAGAGGAGAAGACACCAUUACUUCAACAAGCUAAGGAGCCAUCAAAUACAGUGAAACAGGCUGGAGAGACACCUAUAUCCAAGCCUCUUGCCAAGGUCUGCCCACUCUGUGAGGUGGAGUUAAAGAAAGAUCAAUAUAACAGCUGCACUGAAUGCAAAAAUAUUGUAUGUAACUUGUGUGGGUUCAACCCUAUGCCCCAUCAAAAUGAGAAAGCACCAGAACCUCUCCCUGCACAGCUUCAGCCACAUGCUAAGGAAGUUGCACCACUUAAAAUGGGCACUCCCAAUCUAGAUGUUUCACAGAAGAAGCCACAUCUUCCAGCAGAUUCAGUUCACAAGGAUAAGAAACCGGAAGUUGCAGACAAACAAGGUUCUACAGCUUUUCAGAUGUCUGUUAAAACAACUCCUCCAACCUCACAGAAGGAAUAUGAAGCUACAGUAAACUCUAAAAACACUGAAAAUACAGAUGGGGCAAAAACUACAGAUUCAGAGAAAGGGGAAGAAACCACUAAAGGAGCUACCCCACAGCAACAAGAUCAAGGAAAGACCCAAGAUGGAAAUGUUCCUGUCGCCUCUAACAUCCCAGAAGAGUCUAAAUCUCAGUCUCCUUUACUUCCACAUGCAGCAUCUGCAGUCUCUGGGGAGGUUCUUGGAUUUGGUUCCUCCCUCUUUAGCUCAGCAAGUAAUCUGAUCUCAUCAGCUGUUGAUGAGCCUUCUACAACACCGCCCAUGUCUCUUAAAGGUUACACAUCUUCCCAACUAUCUGCUAAAACUACAACCCCACCCUCUUCUCAUAAAGGCUCAUCGGUUUCCCAGACAUCAGACAAGAUUACCAGUCCACCUUCCUCACGAAAGGGCUCUGGAGUUUCUCAGAUAUCUCUCAAGACCAGCACACCCCCUGCUUCCUCAAAAGGAUCUGAUGUCUCUCCUAAAAUGCUUCCUUCAGAUGACAAAAAAGAUACAGACCUACCAGAAACAACAAGGACAGAGGCCACUAAAUCAUUGCCCAAAGCCUGCCCUCUAUGUAAAGUCAAUUUGCAGAAGGAGCCUCCCAAUUAUGAUAACUGUACUGAGUGCAAAACAACUGUGUGUAAUCUAUGUGGCUUUAACCCCAUGCCCCAUGAGACAGAGAAAAAAGAGUGGCUAUGUCUGAACUGCCAGAUGCAACGAGCUCAAGCUCAGACUGAUAAAGUAUCUCAACCAGUAUCACCACAAAAGAAAGCAACACCAACUUCAGUUCCUCCACAGAAGAAGCCACUUGAUUACACAGAUGUUACUGAAAAAGAAAAGACUGCACUAUCUGCAGGUUUAACACCAGGAUCUAGAAAGGCAAGUGUUGUCCCACCAACACAAAAGCUACCCCAGCAGCAGGACAUCAAAAAUCAAGUACAGCCAACACAGAAGGAUGAUACUGUAUACACAAAAUCUAAAGCCCCACCAAAGACUCCAUCCACAAAAGAAGAGAGUGGCUUGUUUGGUUUUGGACGCUCUAGAUCACCUUCUCCCCAACCUGCUGUUUCCAGUGUUUCUGGAAAGGUCUUUGGAUUUGGUUCUUCUAUGUUGAGCUCGGCUUCUAAUCUUAUCUCCACUGCCGUACUAGAUGAAUCCUCCACCACACUCCUUGCAACUCAGGAGGUUUCAGCAGCUUCUCAAACUCCUGUGAUGACAACAUUAACAUCAACUACUUCUCAGAAAGGAUCAGUUGAUGUUUCACCAAAACAGGGAGCUAAAUCUGUUGAAGGAGAGCAGAAAGACAAGAAACCUGAAGAGAAAAUAACUGAAGUUCAGGAAAAAGCAGUAAUAAAAGAGGCUGACCAGAAGUCAGAGCCUCCAAAAGCUUGUCCUCUUUGUAAAGCAGAAAUAAUGAAGAAUCCGCCAAAUUACAGCACUUGUACUACUUGCAAGAGCACUGUGUGUAAUCUCUGUGGAUUCAACCCAGUGCCACAUCAAACUGAGGUGAAGGAAUGGCUGUGUUUGAACUGCCAGAUGCAGAGAGCUCCUAAACCUCCAGUUGUGAAACCAGGAACUCAAACUACUAAAUUACCUCCACCUGCAUCCCCAAAAAAACAAGACACUGGGGGUGUUGUAGCAGAGGAUAAGAAACAAGAAUGGAAACCCAAUAUUGCAGAUUCCAAACAAACUACAUUAGAUGCCCAAUUCCAGAAAAAUGUUUUACCUGUCAAAUCUGAUAAUCUGCCUAAAUCUGAAACUUCUAAACAAGAUUCAGAUUUUUUCAGCUUUGGUUUUGGUGGUUCUCAUUCAAGGUCACCAUCUCCUCAGCCCACUUUGUCUGUUGUCUCCGGGAAGGUUCUAGGCUUUGGUUCCUCCUUCCUUAGCUCAGCAUCCAAUCUGAACUCCUCUGCUGUCCAGGAUGAACUUUCUAAAACUCCACCAACAUCUCGCAAAGGGUCUACAGUUUCCCAGACUUUGAAUAAGACAACACCAACACCUCCCACUUCUCGAAAAGCAUCAGUAGCUCCACAAGACAAUAAAGCAAAUCUUCCUUCAUCAGAAUCAAAUUUAAUCUCUUUACCAACCCAAGAACAGAAAAAGCCACCAGAUGCUCAAUCAUCCAAACCUAUACAAGCUCAAGUGAAAGAGGAGCAUCCAAAAACUUGCCCACUCUGUAAAGAGACUCUUAGGAAGGACCCACUGAACUAUAGCUCUUGCACUUCUUGCAAAAGCAUUGUUUGCAAUCUCUGUGGAUUUAAUCCCAAUCCACAUCAAACUGAAGUGAAGGAGUGGCUGUGUUUGACCUGCCAGAUGCAGAGAACUUCAGGUCCUCCCCCAGCUCAACCACAGUAUAAUAAAGUACUUUCACCAGCAUUUCCACAAAAGGAAGAUAUUCCAGAGAAGAAGCAAAGUGUUAUAGAUGAGCAAGAAAAGAAACCUCAUGUAGAGACCACAACACCAGCCACACCAAAUACUAAAAUAUCUAAAAGUGAUGCUUUUCCUUCCAUGUCUGCUCCACUACCUAAAGGUGAACAGAUUAAAGAAGAGUCAAGUUUCUUUGGUUUUGGUGGUGCCCGAUCUCGGUCUCCCUCUCCUCAAACAGCUGUCUCUGAUAAGGUAUUUGGUUUUGGAUCCUCUAUCCUCAGCUCAGCAUCUAACCUGAUAUCUUCAGCUGUUCAGGAAGAAUCCUCCACUAAAACUCCAUCAACAUCUCGCAAGGGAUCUACAGUUUCACAGACUUUAAAUAAGACCACACCAACACCACCCACUUCACGAAAAGGAUCAUUUGCUCCUCAGGAUGCUAAACAAAAACCACCUGAAGGGGAAUCAAAGCCAGUUGUUACAUCAAUGCAAGAACCAAAGCCAGUACAGAAAACCCCAGAUCCUAAUCUGGCCAGACCUCCACAUGCUCCAGAGGAACUUCUGAAAACCUGUCCACUUUGCAAAGAAACCCUCAAGAAGGACCCACGGAACUACAGCUCUUGUAGUUCUUGUCAGAAAAUUGUCUGUAAUCUCUGUGGAUUCAAUCCCAAUCCACAUCAAACCGAGGUGAGGGAGUGGAUAUGCUUGACCUGCCAGGUACAGAGAACCUCAGGACUUCCCCUUGCUCAGCCACAACCACAAUCCAACAAAGUAGCACCAGCAUCUAUAGAAAAGAAAGCAACUCAAAUUCUACCUUCUCCUGAAAAGAGGCAGAGUGUUCCUGCUGAGCAGGACAAGAAACCUCCAGUAGAGACUAAAAAACCUACAAUUACUCCAACACCAAAUCCUCAAAAGUCUACUGGUGAAGCUUCUACUUCCAAAUCUAGUCCGUCAUAUAAAGUUGAACAGACUAAGGAAGAGUCUAGUUUCUUUGGAUUUGGUUUGGGAGGUGCUCGAUCCCGGUCACCUUCUCCUCAAUCUGCUGUCUCUGAGAAAUGUAUGGGUUUUGGGUCGUCGUUCCUUAGUUCAGCAUCUAAUCUGAUAUCCUCAGCCAUUCAGGAUGAGUCAACCCCCAAAAACCCACCAAGUUCUCGUAAAGGAUCCACUGUGUCCCAAAGUUCUUUUAAGACAACACCAACACCACCUACCUCUCGAAAAGUUUCAGAAUCUUCACAAUUCACAGAAAAAAAUAAACCACAAGAAGAAGCCAAACUCUUUAAUGCACAAAAACAGGAGGAAGAGAAAAAAGAAGGAAAUAAACCACAGGAUGAGAUGACCAAAGAACCAGUCAUUGAUGUGAAAAUUAACAGAGCAGCCCUGGAGCUUCCAAAAACCUGUCCAAUCUGUAAAGUGGACAUAAAGUGUGUUCCACCAAAUUACAACACUUGCACUGAAUGCAAGGACAUCAUGUGCAAUAUGUGUGGAUUUAAUCCCAUGCCACAUCAAUCUGAGGUUAAGGAAUGGCUGUGUUUGAACUGUCAGGGAAAGAAAGCUCAAGUGUCUUCCUCUGCCCAACCACAGCCACAGGUUAGCAAAGCACCUUCACCAACAAUACCAGAAAACAAGGAGGCUCUCAUACAUACUCCAAUUCCAAUGUCUUCAAAAAAUAAGCCAGAUGUCAUUGGGAAGAUAAAGACAUCAGUUGUUACAAAGAAUCAAGAGAACAAACCUAUACAAGCUACAGCACAAUCAACUGAAAUGCCAAAACGUGAUCCUUCUCCUGCAAAAUCAUCUGUACAACAGAAACCAGAACCUUCUAAAGAAGAAUCAGGUUUCUUUAGCUUCGGUCUUGGCGGUGUUCGAUCUGGAUCCCCUCAGCCUUCAGUGACUGCUGUCUCAGGGAAGGUUCUAGGCUUAGGAUCUUCCUUUUUGAGCUCUGCAUCCAAUCUAAUCUCCUCAGCCGUUCAAGAUGAGUCCUUCACAACACCACCAGUUUUUUGUAAGGCUUCCACAGCUUCUGAAACAUCUACAAAGACUACAACACCACCAACGUCUCGCAGGGCAUCUGUGGUUUCCCAAGCUUCAAUUAAGACUUCACAAACACCACCUGCUUCUAGGAAAGGAUCUGUUACUUCACAAAAAGUUCCACCUACUGACACAAAAGCACCUAUAACAAACAAACCAAAGGAGGACAAAACAAAUGAGAAGCAGGUGCAACAGGCUUCAGCAGUACCUGAAGCUUCAGUAGUAGCAGUUGCAGCUCCUAAAGCAGAUAACAAAGCAUGUCCUCUUUGCAAAGUCUAUCUUAAUGUGGGUUCAAAGGACACUCCUAACUACAAUACCUGCACUGAGUGCAAGAACACUGUUUGUAACCUCUGUGGAUUCAACCCAACACCCAAUAAAAAGGUCAAUGAAUGGCUUUGUUUGAACUGCCAAACACAGCGAGCUUUAAAUGGAAUGGAACCACAAGGACCUCACAAAAUAAAGACCCAUGAACAAUCUGAAAAUUUCUCCAUCUCAGCACCACCUCCAAGAACAGAAUGUACAACACAAGGUGCACCAUCAUUAGUGUCAACAAUGGUUCCAGAUGUUGCUGAAACCCAAAAGAAAGAGAUUCAAGCUGUGGCCAUUCUUGAUAAAACUAAGACUCCUGUUUUAUUGGAAGUGCAAAAGAAAGCAUCAGUCUUAGCUUUACCAAAACCACCAGUGACUAACAUAAAGAUACAAUCUGUAUCCUCUCAGAAGAAAGAAACAUCAGAUUCAAAGAAAGAUAAAAAAUCGGACAUAGUCUUAAAGGAGUCUGAAAAGUCCCCAGAAAAAGCAGCUCCACCUCCACAGGCAGAGCCACCAAAACAGGAAUCCAGUUUCUUUGGUUUUGGAUUUGGUAGUCCUAAGGUACAACCUGCUUCAAAGCCAUAUGAGUCAACCACUGGGAAACUUUUUGGCUUUGGUGUCUUGACAGAAACAGCAAGAUCUCGAUCACCAUCACCACAGUCUGUUUCUGCUGUCUCUGGAAAAGUUCUGGGCUUUGGAUCCUCUUUAUUUAGCUCAGCAUCGAAUUUAAUCAGCUCAGCUGUUCAAGAUGAACCUUCCACUAAACCGUCAACUUCUAGAAAGGCAUCCACAGUGUCCCAGACCUCUGUUAAGACUACUCCUCCCACAUCUGCAGUUGCACUAGAUGGUAGUAAGAUAGAGGACACCAAACCACAUGCACAACAAGGUGCAGGGGAACCAAUGGAGAAGAAACCAGAAAUCAAGCAAGUCACAGCACCCAAACCACCUCAAAAACCUACUCCUGAAGAAGUCAAGAUUAAUUGUCCAUUAUGCAAAGUGCAACAAGAUGUCAAGAAUUUUAACACAUGCACAGAAUGCAAGACAACAGUGUGCAGCCAAUGUGGAUUUAAUCUAAUGCUUCAUCAAGCAGAGUCUUCUGUCAUUAAGCUUUAA